UUAAUAAUUUCCCGCCAAGUGUUUUUUUUCACUGUUGUCGCUGCUACGGAUGUCGAGAAAGUCUAAUGUUUAACAUUUGGCGAAUGUAACGCGCUCACUGUUCAUGCGUCUCAGAGGUAAUAAGUUACGUGUGAAUCGGUGAUAUAAUCCCUUAGUUAACGUUAAUGCUGUAUUCUGUGGGUUUUAAAACGAAAAAAAAAAUCUUCAAGAAGGCCAGUCGGCCGAAACGUCGCUGACCCCUUAGUUGACGGUGAAAAAUUCCGUAAGUUCCGCUGCAUCGCAGUGAGAAGCUUGACGCUUGCCCCGCCCUGAGCCAGCAUUGUGCCGAGUCAAAAGUUCGAUUUCCUCUCUGACACUAGUCAACGCUGCUGGGGCCUUCCUACGCGCAGCGUCUGCCCUGUGAAGUGGACGUUCAAGAUCCCGUGACCUUACCGAACCAUUCAGUUCUGAAGAAGCUUCCAGCACAUGGAGCGAAACGUCGGACAUCAUGCAGAACAACACGCAGUACAACCCUAAAAUCGGCGGGACGUCUGGCAAGGAAACGAUGGUGAGCGUUUUGCCGGCCGUGGCGGAGCAGCUGCUGGCCGAGAUCCACAGGAGCUUUCAAACGGAGGGCAAAGUGUCUGAUGACCUGCUCAGUGGUCUGAGCUUCGUGUUCGGCACCGUCGCUCUGCAAGCCCUGGAUUUGACCGAUCGGCGCAACGUGUCGCACAUCACGACUCCAAGCGGCCGCACGGCCUACCAGGUGGUGGGAAGCUCGGGGAGAACGUACACGUGCCUGGCACCGUGCCUCACCUGCCCGUGUCCUGCCUUUCUCUACUCUGUUCUCAAGCGCAGCGAGACGUUGCUGUGCAAACACCUGCUCGCCGUGCACCUGAGCCAAGCCAUGGGCCUGUGCUCCGACGUCGCCAUGUCGGACCAGGAGCUCUCGCGCAUGCUGCUCAAUGGGCGUGAUUAGAAGACGGCCCCAGGUGAUCGUCAACAUUGACUGUCCAGACGCGCCGCAGCAUCUCAUUGAGCCACACGCGUUCAUUUUGUCCGUACCUCGUGAGCGCACGUAUCUUAAUUGCAACCAUAUGGCAGUUCAAUUAAAUUAUGGUGUUAUGAUGACGUAUCUGCCAACUAAAAGAAUUACAUUUUGUGGCGUGGCAUGGUGGUGCGGCGAUUAGUGCAAUGCACCACCUGGCCCUCAUGCCCGACCAUGGCUGACAUCAGUGGUGAGUGAUGUCUGAACCUGUGCUGACCGGUGUAAUGAAGUAUGGUAAGACAACCUGCACGACUGACACUUCAUGGGGUGAGUUGGGGGGGGGGAGAGCUUUCAACCAGCAAUGGGUUGAGAAAGGGCUGUAAAUGAUUAUAAAUUUGACAUGCAUUGUUGCGUACGUAAUGCACGAAUAUAUAUAAACUAGUAUAGGUACACAUUUUGACCUCGGCACAUGGAUUACAUGUGGAUAAAUGCACGAAUGCGCAAUGAAUGAGAUGCCCCGUGGUGUUCGCCUUCUAUUGACCUGUUAUUUGUGCAGUGGCCACGUCCGUAAAUUGCUCCGUCUUCUCUGUUUGAUCUCUCGUUAGGGCAUUGCUGGUGAAUGCUAAGCAUCGAGCCACCCCACGUGCUCCGACCUCCCCCCCUCCGCCACCGCCACCACGGCCGUCACGAACACCGGCACAAAAAGGCCACCACCACCACACAACCCCGUGCGACAAACACCUGACGGCACAGGCGUACCUCGCGGGUCGGAGAGCAGUUGUGUUUACUCUCGUCCUGCGAGAUACCGUCUGCGUUUGUCAUCGUUAAUUGGCGACCGGUCCCGCAUGAAACGGGACAAAGUAGUGGCAGAGGAGGUAAAAGCUGAACCGCAGUGGCCUACCAUGAACAACAAAGCCUUUGUUUGAUUUUUUUUUAAACCUAUUUAAAAACCCGAUGACGCCACGAUGGUAUAAACUAAAAUAUUUUACCGGCAGCGUACCUUGUCAACAUUUGCAUUAUUUUAUUCCAGUAAUUAUGCAAUAUAACAGCAUUAUGGAAUAUUACAUUUAUACAAAGCUUCCUUGGAAUGCGUACACAUGCAAAGUCUUAGUUAAGCAGCUUUAGACGAAGAAUUCAGCUGCGUCAAUGCGUUUGUAUUUUAUGAAACAAUUAUAUUUUGUCGUCAAACAGUACAACAAAUGCAGUGUUCACAGCUGUUGAUACAUAGCCUACGUGACUGUCUGCACUCAAGACUUUUUGCUCGCUAUUAAUUAGCGGCCACCCAUCCAGUGGGAUAGCCGUGAUGACAGGGAUUACAGCCAUCGCCCAGCACUUUCUGAAGCCACAUUAAUGACUGAUGCCUGGUUUAGGACCGUAAAUACACAACCUGUUCCCAGGAGGUCCGGCAAAAGGCCUGCUGUCCUCCAAGCGACCGUGAAAUCGCAGUUCUGCUUGUUUGUGUAAUUGAAUGUGUGUAUUUUUUGCUUUGUUUUACCGAUAUCCUACUUUUAUGGAAAACUAAGAUUAGUGUUUCUGGAAUUCAGAGUGUAAGAGGAAAAGUGCAGGUCUUUAGAUCGUGUGAAAAACAACACAAUUUCGCAGUGCUCACACCAUAAACGUAAGCUGUACAUGGAUCAGCUUUUAUUCAUUAAGCGGCUUAACCAAAACGAGCCAUCGACUGGGCAUGGUGACAGCUUUUUAAAAACGCAACUAUCGGGUCAACGUCAUUGAUGUGUUUUCCGACGUGUUUACGGGUUGUACCGCGUUUUGUUCGGUAUUGUGUCCGAUGUUUCCCUGCACGUGCUGACAGCAUCUUUCAGAGAGGUGUAGUGUCAAGACCACGAGAGAUGGCGACUGCUUAGGGAGGUCUUCAUCCAGCGGUGGAUAGAUAAUGGAUGAUGAAGAUGAUGAGCUCAGAAGAGGGGGUCACAACGAAGUAAUUCAAUUCCUGGAGAAGUUGCCAGCACGUGGAGCGAAACGUCAGUCAUCGUGUCAAACAGCAUGCAGUACGGCCCCAACGUCGGAGAUCCAUAGAGCACAAUUGCAGAAACAUACGCAGUAUCAUUUAUUUGUUAUUGAAAUGUGAAACUACAUUCAAUCUUGGUUAUAUUUAUGACUUGUUUUUUUUUACUUUGGCCUUGUUUACAUGUACAUCAUCCAUGUUUGUGUUGGUUAUUUGAAUGUUUAUGUGCAUACUUUUGUAAUAAAUGUCAAGCUGGUCCAAUA